AUGGCAAAUGAGCUACCUCUCGAAAAUGUGCCUGGUAGUUCGUCAGAUGAAAGUGGAAAGGAAGAGAAAUGUUAUGAGGCAAAACAAACACAAUGGAGUGACGAAGGUUAUGUAGCACCACAACAAGACGUUAAUUGUGAAGGUUUAGCAAUUUUAGCUGGAGAGAACUACAACGGCUUUAAAAAUUUGAAUGUUGAUAUGGCAAGGCUCCAUUUUCAACACGAACUACCUCCAGGCUACAUAAUUACAGAGCGUAUUGGACGGGGAGCCUUUGGCUGCUGCUUCCUAGUUGAGAAGCAAACUGACGAGCUACGAACUGAGGACCGUCAUGUCGUCCUUAAAGUAGUUAAGGGUGAAUUUAAGCCAAGACGUCCCGUACUCUUCUAUAAGGCUUGCCAAGAAUACACCAUUAUGAUAAGCUAUAGAGCUAAGCCUCUGGCUCUCACUAACCUGAAGUUUAUUGUAGGCAUGCUAAAGUUUCUCCAUACCAAACAUGCAGAAGUCCAUGGGGAUCUUAAUUCUGGCAAUAUGAUGUACUUUAUUAAAGAUCUUACUAGAAAAAUGUGCAGGGGGAUGAAGGAUGUUUGGUCUGCAGAGAAAGUGAAAGGAUUCCCACAAGCAAUACAAACUCAUGUCAUGUUUGACUUUAUAGACCACUGGUUUCCCAUGGAAGAUGAGCAAAUUGCAUGCAUCAUUGAUGCAGACAUUGGUGGAAAGAUUGGAGAAGCUAAGUUUGUUGUUAAUCGUCAGCAUCAUGACCCACGCAAUGCUACCUGGCAGGUGUCAGAUGAUGUGAUUGGACUCAUGAACUGGAUAGUUUUAAAAUCUGGUCACAAAAUCAAAAGCCAUGAUUUUCGAGGAAUUGAAUAUGCCAUCAGCCUUGAGUCUUUGAAGCGUCUGCAUGCACAUAUUUUUGACAUGUAUAAAGAUCUGGACCCCCAUUUUAUUCAUGGCUUUCCAGUAGAUGCACCAGAAGAGCCAUUCGCAUUAGAGCUGAAGCCAGGUGAGUGUUACCUGGAUGAGCUGCUGGAGGGCGAAUUCAGGGAUUUUGAGUCAUUCAAAGGGUCAUACUCUCGGUCAUCUUCAACCAAUAAAGUCACUUCUGGUAGUAAGCAAAAUAAAGACCGGGAAGUUAUACAAGCAGAACCAGUGAAACUAGGAGGCCUUCGUGAUGCAUUCUCGACAGUUGCAUCAGGCAGUAAUGGGUAUCAUACCACCCUGACUACUGUCCUUGACCUUCUGACAGGUCCUGAAGUGCAUGGAGGUGCUAUUUUUGUGAUUGUUGACAAGGAGCACAAAAAUGAUCUUGAGAUAUUGAUAUCAGACAAUAACUGCCUUUACAGAUUUUGUAGAAGGAAUACUGUAAAAGUAACAAACAAAUUAUUUCAACACCUCCUGUGUGCCUUCUGCACUCCUGGUGAGUCAGAUAAAUGGGAACAGUCACUCCUUGAUAAGCUUGCCACACAAUUCGGAAUGUCAUCAGAGCUUAAAGCUUUGAAAGGACAGCCAAUGGAUGGUGCAUUUGUGCUUUCACACAGUGGCACAGUUCUGGCUGCUGCAGCAAAGCUAGAGUUCGGUUCACAACACUAUCAACUUUGCAAAGCCAAUGGGAUUGGGUUUGGCACUCGCCAUUCUGGUGCAUUAGCCACUGCAGAAUGGAUGAGAUCUAAGAAUGUGAAAGGCGUUGUCUUCGUAAGAUCUGAUGCAGGCGAUGUACACGUCAUGUUUCCACAUGGGAAAAACUGGAAAAGUGAGCCCCCACAGAACCCUUGGUUGGGUGAGGAAGGCCAGAAAUUACCUCUGAUACUUUGCAUUGAAGAUUGCUAG